UUUUAUCGCUCGAGAAGUGCAGCAGGCUGGUUCUCUGUGUAACGAUCUCGGCGCAAGAUACGCGCUGAAAAUUCUUUGAAAGCCAAGAAUACAAACGUUCGUUUGUGUGUCUCAAUCGAACGGAACACGUUCCCCGGUUCCGGUGUCUAGUCCUCGGCUUACGGCAGAUCGUCACUUAAUCAUCCAAAAUGGCUCUCUCAACCAGCGCUAAUUUAGUAAAAUAUUUACUCUUUCUCUUUAACUUUUUCUUUGUGAUCACCGGCGUUAUCAUAAUGUCGGUCGGUCUGACGGUCCAGGGUGCCUACCAUAGCUUCCGGGACAUAUUGGAUGCGAAGUUCUUCAGCAUUCCCACCUUCCUGGUGGUGAUUGGUUCGUUCAUUUUCAUCAUCGCCUUUUUCGGGUGCUGCGGCGCGUACAAGGAAAACUAUUGCAUGACCCUGACGUUCUCCAUUCUGUUGAUUCUGAUUUUCGUCCUGGAGCUGGCGGCUGGAAUUAGUGGUUACGUUUUGCGCAACGAUACCUACGAGCUACUCAACAACGCCCUGACCGGAUCGAUGAAACAGUACCGUGAACCCGGCCAUGCCGAUAUCACUCUAGUGUGGGACGAGAUUCAGAGAGAUUUCGAUUGCUGUGGCGUUCACAACAGUUCGGAUUGGGUCACGGCCGGUGAAAAGUUUAAUGCAACGUUCCUACCGAUGAGUUGCUGCCGAGUAGAGACGGGUGCCAUCGGUUAUGUCGCUUGCCCGGACACCAACAGUACCACGCUGCGCAAGGAUGGCUGUGUGGAUUCGUUUGGUAACUUUAUUAAAGCCCACGCCGUCAGCCUCGGUGCGGUCGGUAUCGCACUGGCCGUUAUUCAGUUCUUUGGCGUCAUGUUUGCUUGCUAUUUGGCCAAACAAAUUAAGCUGCACGGAUUGGGUGUGACGAGCUAUUCAUAAGGCACUCCAGCUGUGCCGUGCUAGUGAAAAACGUUAUGCAAAACGAUGUGUAGCAACGUGAGGCAACGCGCUGAACAUGGAAAUAAAUAGCUUGAAUUCU